AUGAGAGGUCUAGAUCGCAUGGAAGAUGAUCUUGUAGAAGAUGUCUUUCUCCAAGAGGGCCUGCGCCCGACCAUCGCAGAACACGCAGCGCAAUGCAACUCGCUCUUCCGUAAAUACAUGGUUCUGCCAGACAUUGUGCCGGAUCCUACUGUCAUGGACGACCAGCUGGCGCGCUUUACACUCUGGACAUCAAAUAUGGACGUCUAUGGACCGCUCAAUGUUUCGUUGGACUACAGACUCCGAUUCAGUCCCACAGUUGUAGACAUUAUACAUCAGCUCCUAGACGUCAUUUGCGAUACUUUGGCAUCCUUGAAGCCGAUCAACAACGACCCGCCCCCGCAGACUCCAAGCAGAAAACGACAGCGUAUAUCAGAAUACAGCGAUUCGAAACUCACGAGGAGGGACGACGACGACGCAAGCGACUCAGACAGCGACGUGGAUCAAGCAGAAGAGAACUUUUCGAAAAUCACCGACACAAUCGGCGGGACAGUGUCACGACUCUUUCGCCUAUCCAAUGCCGUACGAAAGUCCGCAAAGACUAACCGGGCUCUGAAAAUUGAAAGAUAUACGGACGAUAAAGAGGCGAACGAAAAGAUAGAGGAAUUAACCCGCUACACAGACUGCUACAUCAAAUUCCGGUUUCCUAUGGCUCCUGAUUCCCUUCGCUUGGCAAUGAUGGAAGCCAAUGCGCUCCGACUUCGACGACUGUAUUAUCAGCGAUCUCACCGAAGGCGCAUCGACUUGACGGUUCAGAAUCCUCAAACUAAACCGCCUGAAGUUCAAUUGCCCAAGAUCAAGGAGAGUGCUCCGGCUGUACAUUUUGCUCCGAGUGCGUUACCAAAGCCUGCGACCACCAACAGAACAUCGGGACAAGGUGGUGCCCCGGUGGUGCCGGUAACGACUGCAACAACUGCUCGACAGACUGCUGUUGGAGCUUUAUUAGCCAAGUCCGUAACUGAGGUUCCUCGGGCUAAAUCGGUUCUGGUGAACAACAAAUUGUCGUUCCCUCCAUUACCCUCAACACCGGAGUGCCCAUACUGCGGCGUUAUUAUUGAGUUUAAGAACUCUAACAAGACAAUGAUGUGGAACAACCAUGUCAUCGGAGAUCUGGAACCUUUCAUUUGUGUUUUCCCACACUGUUUAGAGGCAGGUCAUAACAAGACCGGCCCGCUCACAUUUGAAUCAUCGAAAGCGUGGAUCGGCCACAUGCAGAACGCUCACGGACAUACAUGGGAGUGCAGGGCCCCUUCUCACCCUCCCAGAACCUUUGAUCAGGAGCUCGACUAUCAGAAGCAUUCAAUCGAAGAGCAUGACGUGCCUAAAGAACUUGCCGGGAUGCUCAGCAGCGCAGCACAAAGACCAGCCCUUAAUAAGUUGCUGGAGUGCCCAUUUGGCGACGACUUUCAACCCCCAGAAAAAGCCGAAUCUAGUGCCGUCUUCUCAAGUGAUGCUCUCCAGUUGCACGUCGCUGCUCAUAUAAAAGAGAUUGCGUUGCUUACAUUGCAAAAACUGCCUAGCGAUGAUGAUGCUAAAAGCAUCAAAAGCGACGAAGGAUCAGAAGAUGAUGGGCAGGGGUUUGCAAACGUUCGCAGAUCCAUGUACAGUUUACUGGAUGACGAAAAACUAGACUUCCAGCAUGACAACUCUGAAGUUGCAGAUGUCACUGGGGACCCCCGUGAAGAAGAUAUCAGGGCAUCGGUAUCAGGACUCGACUUGGAGGACAAAGACGAGUCAGGCAUGACGAAGCUUCAUCGCGCGGUACAGGCUGGCGACCAGGACUUGGUUGAAUCCCUGAUCAAAGAAGGCGCGAAUUGGAGCAGCAGAGACAAUAGCGGCAGGACCGCGCUGUGGUAUUCUCCCCUAGGAAGGCAUCAAAGUGUUCAUGUAAUUUUUCUGCUGCUCCUGGGCGCAGGCGGUAAAGCCAUCCUGAAUCUAGAAGAUGAUAAUGGCCAAACAUUGGUGCAUCACUAUGCAGGGUUGGGCCACGAGGAAGCCGUUCAGAUCUUGGUCGACAUCGGCGCUGAUAUAAGCAUCACUGACAGAUAUGGAUUUUCUCCGCUCCUCUGGGCUGUGGUUGCCGGGAAUGAAGCAGUCGUCAUCCAUUUACUCCACGCAGGCGCAGAUGUCAAUUUCAUAAGUGGCGAUGGAAGGUCUGUGCUGACUUGGGCAGCCGGUCUGGGCAGAUAUAGCAUUGCUUUGAGGCUUCUGGACCAAUAUACUGGCAUGUCUAAGACUCAAGAUUCGCUGGGUGUGCCACUGGAAGAAGCAGCAGCUUCUGGUAGCCUCGACAUUGUAAAAUUGCUCCUCGAACAUGGUGGGGAUCCAAAUUAUCGCGAUCGCGAUGGUUGGUCUGCAAUACAUUGGGCGGCAGAGGAGGGCUACUAUGGAGUUGUCAAACUGUUGCUGGAGAAGGGGGCCAACGUCAACGCCGUCAGCUCCUAUGGCACAUCACCACUGCACUGUGCUGCAAAUGGAGGAAAUACUCAUGUUGUGAGCUUGCUUCUUGAAUAUGGAGCCGACCCGCUCAAGUCAACAUGUCAUGGUUGGACUGCACUACAUCACGCUGCAUUCAUGGGACAUCCUGAGGUUGUCCAAUUGCUUUUAGGAGACGACCGCGUAAGAUCCAGUGUUUCUCAGCAGGAUAACCAUGGCUGGGCGGCCACAGGGUUACGACAAGCUGUUGUCAUAGGCAACAUUCCUAUAAUUAGACUCUUCAUCAAAGACGCUUCUCAUGUUAAUAGGAGGGAUUCUGGAAGAAGGACUGCACUCUACUACGCUGCAAAGAAGCGCAUGCUUCCCAUCAUAGAUCUGCUUCUCAACAGCGGUGCCGAUCCCAACAUCCUCCCUCAAGGACGCAAGACCUGGGAAGAAUUUAUCUCAGAUAAAGAUGUUUUACAAAGGCUUCACCAAGCUGGAUACCAAAGACAAGAUACUGACCCCGAGUUGGAGGGCCAGAUCCGACGCGCACUUAGACCCAAGGGUCAGUUCUCUAUUCCGGAUCGAACAGUCUCAUUCGCACCGGAAGUCGAGUCAGUCACGCCAAUGUCGUGGCGGCCUACCUUCCCUACUGAGCCAGAACAAUCGUCCUCAUCUGUCCCGGUUUCGUCAACGACAUCUGUUCCGGAUCAUUCAGCUUCAAGUACGCCGGUGGAAUCGCCGGCGCCUGCACCGCAGACAAAUGACAAUAAGCGCAAAUCGAGGACGGUCCGGUCGCGCGCAACGGGCUUUUGGAAACGGCUGAUAGGAUAG